UCCCAUGGCGGCCCCGGGCAUCCCCGCCGAAUGCGGCUACAUCCGGACGGUCCUUGGCCAGCAGAUCCUGGGGCAGCUGGACAGCUCCAGCCUGGCUCUGCCCUCCGAGGCCAAGCUGAAGCUGGCGGGGAGCAGCGGCCGCAGCGGCCAGGCGGCCAAGAGCCUGCGGAUCCAGGAGCAGGUGCAGCAGACCCUGGCCCGGAAGGGCCGCGGCUUCGUGGGCAACGGAACCCUUCACCGAGCCAGCAGCGUCCCUGAGUACGUCUACAACCUGCACCUGGUGGAAAACGAUUUUGCCGGCGGGCGGUCCCCUGCCCCGAGGACCUAUGACAUGCUGAAGGCCGGCGGGAGCGCCACGUACGAAGGCCGCUGGGGGCGGGGCGCCGCGCGGUUCAGUUCGCAGAAGUCGGUGGACGACCGGUCGCUGAGGCAGCCCCUGCGCCGGCUGGAGAUCUCCCCGGACAGCAGCCCCGAGCGGGCGCGCUACUCGCUCGCCGACUUCCAGUACAGCCGGAGCAGCCAGGCGGGGCUCGUGCGGCGCCAGGACAGCCGGCGCUCCACCCUGCUGCUCGCGGUGGAUUCGGGCGGCAGGAGGGCGCACGUGACCGCGGGCCAGGUGGCGGCGGGAGAAAGCGGGACGCUGCUCGCCGAGAGAGACGCCCAGCUCAGGAAUGCAGACAUGGAGAUGACUCUGGAGCGGGCAGUGAGUAUGCUUGAUGCAGACCACACACCACCUGCCAGGAUUUCCAUGGCAGCCACCUUCAUACAGCACGAGUGCUUCCAGAAGUCUGAAGCACGGAAAAGGGUCUAUCAGCUUCAAGGCAUCCCCAGGCUUCUGCACCUCCUGAAAUUUCAGAAUGAAGAUGUUCAGAGAGCCGCUUGUGGGGCCUUGAGAAACUUGGUGUUUGAAGACAAUGACAACAAAUUGGAGGUAGCUGAACUCAAUGGGGUGCCUCGGCUGCUACAGGUGCUGAAGCAAACCAGAGACUUGGAGACUAAAAAACAAAUAACAGGUUUGCUGUGGAAUUUGUCCUCUAGUGACAAACUCAAGAAUCUCAUGAUAACAGAAGCCUUGCUUAUCCUGACUGAGAAUAUCAUCAUCCCCUUUUCGGGGUGGCCAGAAGGAGACUACCCCAAAGCGAAUGGUUUGCUCGAUUUUGAUACAUUCUACAAUGUCACCGGAUGCCUAAGAAACAUGAGUUCAGCUGGCCCUGAUGGGAGGAAAGUGAUGAGAAGGUGUGAUGGACUGAUUGACUCAUUGGUCCAUUAUGUCAGAGGGACCAUUGCAGAUUACCAGCCAGAUGACAAGGCCACAGAGAACUGUGUGUGCAUUCUUCAUAACCUCUCCUACCAGCUGGAGGCAGAGCUCCCAGAGAAAUAUUCCCAGAGUAUCUAUAUUCAAAACCGGAAUAUCCAGACUGACAACAACAAAAGUAUUGGGUGUUUCGGCAAUCGAAGUAGGAAAGUAAAAGAGCAGUACCAGGACAUGCCCAUGCCCGAGGAAAAGAGCAACCCCAAGGGUGUGGAGUGGCUGUGGCACUCCAUCGUGAUCCGGAUGUAUUUGUCUUUGAUCGCCAAGAGUGUCCGAAGCUACACCCAGGAGGCAUCUUUGGGAGCGCUCCAGAAUCUCACAGCAGGAACUGGACCAAUGCCGAUGUCAGUGGCGCAGACAGUGGUGCAGAAGGAAAACGGCCUCCAGCACACCCGGAAGAUGCUGCAUGUGGGGGAUCCGAGUGUGAAAAAGACUGCAGUCUCCCUGCUGAGGAAUUUAUCACGGAAUCUUUCCCUGUGCAGUGAAAUUGCCAAAGAAACUCUACCUGAUUUGGUUUCCAUAAUUCCUGACACAGUUCCAAGUACUGAUCUUCUCAUUGAAACUACAGCCUCUGCCUGUUACACGUUGAACAACAUAAUCCAGAAUAGUUACCAGAAUGCCCGGGAUCUUCUAAACACCGGAGGCCUGCAGAAAAUUAUGACUAUCAGUGCAGGCGACAACUAUGCCUCCAACAAAGCAAGCAAAGCUGCUUCUGUUCUCUUAUAUUCUCUGUGGACGCACACGGAGCUCCACAACGCCUACAAGAAGGCUCAGUUCAAGAAGACGGACUUUGUCAACAGCCGGACUUCCAAAGCCUACCAGUCCCUUAAAGACUGAGCCAAGAAAGAAAGCUCUCUCGGAAAUGCCAACUUCACCAUUCUCAGCCACAAAAAAACCCCGAAGGAAAACACCUAUUUUUUUACUUCCCAGUCUGAGAAACCUCAAAAAAGAAAAAAAAAAAAGAAAAAGCAUGCCCUGUUUUUACCCUUUUCUAGUCCAUGGUCUCCUGAAUCCAGAAAAUGAAUCAUCAGAAUAUGAUUUACUGGUCUUCCAGGGAUUUUCACAGGCUUGCCACCAGAAGACGCUGGCAGCAGGCUCUGUUUGCCCCCCACAAACAGGGUCUUUGGGAUCAGGGCUUACGGCGCAUGGCUCGCUGGAACCAAACUGUGAACUCCUGCGGAAUGGACGUGAACAGAAGAAGGAAAGAAGCUGUUGUGGUGUUACUAGGAUUUUAAAGUUUGAUUUAUAUUUGUAAUUUAUGGUUUCCAUGUUCUGUCACUCAUGUGCACAUUGCUUCACCAUUGAAGUAUAUUUUUCUGCAGUGUUGAAACAGAAUGGAAACAAUAAAUAUUUGUUAAGUUACCCAGGAGAAAAUUUAAUGGCGAAACUGUUUUUGUUUUUAUAUUACUUUGUGCUUGCUUAAUCCUCUUGAAUUUUUUCUCUGAUUUUAAAUGGAUGUAAGUUUAAGUUGCAGAGCAUGCGUGACUCUAAGAAAAAGGAGUGAAGGUAGUGAACAUACAGAUUUAAAAUCUUUUCCACAGGGAAAGGCACUAUGGCUAUGAAAUUCAGUGUUUCCUCUAAACACUGAGUAAAUGAGAUUUUUUGCUCAAGGAAAUACUUUACCUGUAACAGGAGCAUUGAAUGCAAAUCUCUUCUGAAGAGUAGCAUUCAAUGCAACCUAUUUCCUGGACUUUUUCAGCCACUGCAAUGGGCUGGUGGAAGCAUGGACUCUGUCUUUAGCUACAAAAGAAACCAAGGUCUCUGGAGCUGCUGGGCCAGCCCAGGGCUCUGAAAACACAGCUCAUCUUAAUGAGUGACGUUAUCAACCAGCCCAACUUUGCCCAACAUUGAAAAAAUAGCACAGAGCCACUAAGUCUCCUGAUCUUCCUCAAGCCAUUACUUUAAGUAAAGGAAACUCUAGAGAAGAAAAAUGAAGUUAUGUUGAGGAGAAAUGGGUCUAGGCCACCCAGAAGCAAUUUGAGAAGUACUUAUGUUUAAAAGUUGACAUCAUCUAUUAAAGCGAAUCUGUAUUAAGUGUUAUUUUAACUGGGCCGUGGUUUAUACCAUUCAUAUAAAAAUAGUCUUCUCAACUACCGUUCUGUUAUAUUUUGCUUUUUUAAAAAAAAAAAAAUCUGACAAUGUUUGUUAUAAGACAGUAAGAAGGAAAAAAUUCUUCAAUUCCCUUUGGCCAGAACAGUGUAAUAGGAAAUACCCAUUUUCAAUUUGAAUGUGUACCUACGCCUUUAUUAUAUUUAGAACUUGAAAUUUUUUCAAUUUUAACAGCUCAAUGGAGAAGACCGAAGUUACUAACCUAGUGUAAACUGAAAUUAUUUAGAUACCAAUUUUUUAAAUACUGAAGAGAGAAAUUCUCUUUUUCCAGAGUUUUGACAAUAAGCACUUGGAGAGUCAUCUUUAUUCCUCCAGAUAAUUGAUGUAUGUUCAAGAAGUUUCUGUAUUUUUUUAAGGCGCU